GUGGCUGGCGGGAGCGCGGCUGGCACCAGGCUUGUAAAUAAACUGCGAUGCUGGCUCGGGCUCGCCGGCCCGGGUGCCGCCGCCGCCGCCGCCCCGGAGCCGCGGUGCCAGGCUCCCGCCGCCGCCGCGCGCCCUAGCGCCUCCGCGCCAGCCUCGCGCGCGCUCGUCCGCUCCCCGCAGCCGCGCUCGGUCCGCGCCCCUCCGGGGUCCCGCGGCUCAGCCGCGCGGGAUGUGACCCUCGGAUCCCCCCCCUCCCCGGCCCGGCCUCCCCAGCACCCCCUCCUCCGGGGGGGGGGGGGCGCGCCUUUGCCUGCUUUUGGGGGGUGGGGUGGGGAGGGGCGCGCAGAUCAUGGCAUUGGAGUUCCCGGGCUUGCAGCCGCUGCCGCCGCCUGGUCCACGCACCCCGAGCGCCCCUUCUUCCCCAAGCAGCAGCGCAGAAGGCGCAGCGGCCGGCCGGGGCGAGGCAGAUGGGGCUCAAGGCUCGCAAGGCGGCGGGGGCGGCCGGCGGCGGAGGCGACGGGGGCGGCGGAGGCGGCGGGGCUGCUGCUAACCCCGCGGGAGGGGACGCGGCGGCGGCCGGCGACGACGAGCGGAAAGUGGGACUGGCGCCCGCCGACGUGGAGCAAGUCACCUUGGCGCUCGGGGCCGGAGCUGACAAAGACGGGACCCUGCUGCUGGAGGGCGGUGGCCGCGAUGAGGGGCAGCGGAGGACCCCGCAGGGCAUCGGGCUCCUGGCCAAGACCCCCCUAAGCCGCCCGGUCAAGAGGAACAACGCCCGGUACCGGCGCAUCCAAACUUUGAUCUACGACGCCCUGGAGAGACCGCGAGGCUGGGCGCUGCUCUACCACGCGCUGGUGUUUCUGAUUGUCCUUGGCUGCUUGAUUCUGGCUGUCCUCACCACUUUCAAGGAGUAUGAGACAGUUUCGGGAGACUGGCUUCUGUUACUGGAAACAUUUGCUAUUUUCAUCUUUGGAGCCGAGUUUGCUUUAAGGAUCUGGGCUGCCGGAUGCUGCUGCCGAUACAAAGGCUGGAGGGGAAGACUGAAGUUUGCCCGGAAACCCCUGUGCAUGCUGGACAUCUUUGUGCUGAUUGCCUCUGUGCCUGUGGUUGCUGUUGGAAACCAAGGGAAUGUCCUGGCCACCUCCCUGCGAAGCCUGCGCUUCCUGCAGAUUCUGCGCAUGCUGCGGAUGGACCGGAGGGGAGGGACGUGGAAGCUUCUGGGUUCAGCCAUCUGUGCUCACAGCAAAGAGCUCAUCACUGCCUGGUACAUCGGGUUCCUGACGCUCAUCCUUUCUUCAUUUCUUGUCUACCUGGUUGAGAAGGAUGUGCCAGAGGUGGGUGUACAAGGAGAAGAGGUGAAAGAAGAGUUUGAAACUUAUGCAGAUGCCCUCUGGUGGGGUCUGAUCACAUUGGCCACCAUUGGCUAUGGAGAUAAAACUCCCAAAACAUGGGAAGGUCGUCUGAUUGCUGCCACCUUUUCCUUAAUCGGUGUCUCCUUUUUUGCCCUUCCAGCAGGCAUCCUGGGGUCAGGGCUGGCACUCAAGGUCCAGGAGCAGCACCGUCAGAAGCACUUUGAGAAAAGGAGGAAGCCUGCGGCUGAGCUCAUUCAGGCUGCCUGGAGGUACUAUGCGACCAAUCCCAACAGGAUGGAUCUUGUGGCAACAUGGAGGUUCUAUGAAUCAGUUGUCUCUUUUCCAUUCUUCAGGAAAGACCAACUGGAGACAGCAGCCAGCCAAAAGAUGGGUCUCUUGGAUCGGGUUCGCCUUUCUAAUCCUCGUGGUAGCAAUUCUAAAGGAAAGCUAUUUACCCCUCUGAAUGUAGAUGCUAUAGAAGAAAAUCCUCCUAAAGAACCAAAGCCUGUUGGCUUAAACAAUAAAGAACGCUUCCGCACCGCCUUCCGCAUGAAAGCCUACGCUUUCUGGCAGAGUUCCGAAGAUGCUGGGACAGCUGAUCCCAUGGCAGAGGACAGGGGCUACGGGAAUGAGUUCCUCAUUGAAGACAUGAUCCCCACCCUGAAGGCUGCCAUCCGAGCUGUAAGAAUUCUACAAUUCCGUCUCUAUAAAAAAAAAUUCAAGGAGACUCUGAGGCCUUAUGAUGUGAAGGAUGUGAUUGAGCAAUACUCUGCAGGCCACCUCGACAUGCUCUCCAGGAUAAAGUACCUUCAGACCAGAAUAGACAUGAUUUUCACCCCAGGACCUCCAUCAACACCAAAACAUAAGAAGUCUCAGAAAGGAGCAGCAUUCACAUACCCAUCCCAGCAGUCUCCCAGGAAUGAACCAUAUGUAGCCAGAGCAUCCACAUCAGAAAUCGAAGACCAAAGCAUGAUGGGGAAGUUUGUGAAAGUUGAAAGACAGGUUCAUGACAUGGGGAAGAAACUGGAUUUUCUCGUGGAUAUGCACAUGCAGCACAUGGAGAGGUUGCAGGUGCACGUUACGGAGUACUACCCGACCAAGGGGACCUUGUCACCAGCUGAAUUGGAGAACAAAGAGAAAAGGGAGUCUGAUCUGAAAGCCAUCAUGUGCAACUAUUCUGAAACAGGUCUCCUAGAGGCCCCCUACAGCUUCCACCAGGUGUCCAUUGACAAGGUCGGCCCCUAUGGAUUUUUCGCCCAUGAUCCUGUGACUGUGCCCCAUGGGGGAGCCAGUUCUGUAAAAGGUCAAAAGACCUCAACAAACACACACACAGAAAGGCCCACUGUCUUGCCUAUUUUGACUCUCCUUGACUCCAGAGUGAGUUACCACUCCCAGGCUGAACUGCGUGGCCCUUUCCCAGACUGGGCCUCCCCCCAGCAGAGACGCAGCAUCACCCGGGACAGUGACACACCCUUGUCCCUGAUGUCUGUCAACCACGAGGAGCUGGAGCGGUCUCCCAGUGGCUUCAGCAUCUCCCAGGAUAGAGAUGAUUACAUGUUUGGCCCAAGCGGUGGGUCAAGCUGGAUGAGGGAGAAAAGGUACCUCGCCGAGGGUGAGACAGAUACAGACACAGACCCCUUCACACCCAGUGGCUCCAUGCCUCUGUCGUCCACAGGGGAUGGAAUUUCUGAUUCAAUAUGGACUCCUUCUAACAAGCCCAUUUAAAGGGGUCAUGGACUGACUCCACCUUGUAAUGUAGACAGACUUUGUAUAGCUCAUGGCUCACACCUGACACCAGUCAGAUCACCAAUGGCUGCAUCAAACGCAUGCAUGUGUGUGGUGGCACCCCACCUGGGCAGGGGCUUGUCAUGGCCUUUUUCUUCCCCAUGUCACCACAAUGAAGCCGCUUCCUUUUAAGCAUGGUUUGCAUGACUUUACACUAUAUAAAUGGUACUGCUAAUCUCUCUAGGAUACACACUUAUCUGCAGUUCUUAAUUUUAAUCAUGAUUGGACCAGUACAGGGAGAAAUUACUGAUAAUCUAUGUUAAUUGUCCAUUUGGUUGGCUGGUAUGGGUUUUGGUUAGGUAAGUAUGGAAAGAAAUUUAAGUUAUUAUUCCAACCACUGUCCCAUGGUCUAGAAGAGUCCAGUGAUUGACUCUUUUCCAAAACAAGCAAACCAUUUUCCCAACAGAAAACGUAUUUCAUAGUAAUCAAGGAUGUUGACUACUGAGCUAAGACUGUCAGGAAAGAAAUAACAUAGUCAAUGCAUCUCUAAAACCUAAAAUUAGAAAAAUCUUUAUGGAGCAACUGACAGCACUAUCUGAAAAUUCUGAUUGUGGUCUGCCAUUUCCAGUGUCAUUGCCUGAGUUUCCUCAAUGCAGAAGAUGAUAGUAAUUCUAAAUUCAUUCUAAUUGAUGGAGAAGAGACAUUCACACCUACAUUUAAAAUAACUCCCGACUUAUGCAUCUAAAUAAGUGUAAUUUAUCAUACGACAGGUACCCCUCUGGGCAGGAGCUAAGUUCAGUGCCUUCAAAAUGGGGUUCCAACCUACAUUUCUCUUUAUAACACUUCUGUACAAUAUCCGUUUCAAAUGUAGUAUGGUAUCCUAAGGGCACAUGAAUUAUCUGGCUCAAAUCCUUCUCUAUAAAAGUUAGAACCCUUCAACUCAAGUGAAGAUAUAUGCCUGGGGUCUCUCUAUUGUCCCCACAGAGACUGAACCAAACCCAGUCAACUGACUUGCUCCAUUGUUGGUUUCCUGCCAUAUCACUGUUAUUGACAGGGUCAAUAUAAAUCAUGCCAAGAUACUUAUAUUCUGUGUUUUGUGGAAAGCAAUCACAGUACAAUUUAUCUAGCGGGAGGGGGCUGUCUGCUCUUUUGCAAAACAUGCUUGUUUGAUGCAUUAGAUUUAGGAUUAAAAAUUCAAAUAAGCCACAACAUUUGGUAAUGUGCAGUUUAGUAAAAUUUUCAGAACCAUUUGACCUCAUUCCUCCAGAUUUUUAAAAAUGCAUGUAACCAUAAGACCAGCAAAAGAAUAAGCAGUAAGCCUGGACAACACUGCCCUACUGUCUAAGAAUUAUUAUUAAGCACAAGCCAUCCUAUGGCCUCCUAAAAGAUGUUCUACUUUCAGGUAUAUAUGAUGGAAAAGGUUUCUAUUGGGUCUGAACUGAAUUAACUAAAUGACUAUACUAUAGUAUUAAUGUCUUAUUAUUCUCACACAUCUAAGCACUGGUUCUGUGUGGUUUUUAGGGUGACUUCCAAGAUGAUCAACACAGCCUAAGCAAAAUGUCUACAUGAAAAUGCCACUUUUGUUCUCCCUCAUGCUCUGAUGUAGAACCACAGUAGUUGAAACAGACAUCCAAUUGAAAGUCUUGUCAGUACCUAAUGCAGGGUCUUGAGCUCAACAGAGAAACUGGUUUCUUAGAUAUUAAGUCCUUUCAAACUGUAUGUCAACAGCUACUGUGCAAAAGACUCAGAGAAUGGUGAUAAUGAAGAUUUAGCCCUGGUGUUAGGAAUAUAUAACCAAACCUGAAGUAUUAUGAGAUAUACAAAGGAAUUUUUACACAGAGGGUCUCACAAGCGAAUGGGUAUUGACAUUGAAGUCCCAGGAGGCAAAUUCACAGAAUGGAUACACAUGUCAGACAUGAAACUUCCCCCCACCAGGUUUGCAGGUUGGCUUUACAAAAUGAGGACAAGGGGCAUAGAUGGUUUUUCCCUCCUUCUAUCUCCCUUCAAUAUGACUGAAAGUGCCAUUGAGGAGCCCAGGCCUCUUAGCAUUCAUUCUUCUUUCUGACACUCCUGGUGUUUUUCACUAGAAGUGCUUGUGCUACUUACCAUGCUAAUGAGAUAUUUGAAACAAAAGCAAACCCCAAAGCAAAACAGGAAUAAACCAACUGUUCCACACAUCCACCAUGCAUUGUUUUCCCACCAACUGAUAUUCUUUCAGAUUCUAAUAGCCUCAACAUCUUACAAAUAGAUGCAUCUGCAGAGCUGGAGGGCUACGGUGCCUUGCACGCAGUUGACUCAGCUUCCACCCAGGAUGACUCCUGAGUGUAGACCCAAGAGUAAGCCCUGAGCACAGCUGGGUGUGCUCUCACACCCCGCACAAUUGUUCCUUCCCCAACCCCCCCAAAAAUUAGAUGCAUCUUCUUGUAGCCUAAUGGAGUUUUUGUUUGAAAGAAUGAGACUUUCUCAUCCUCAAGCCAAACCAUGGAUCCAAAGUUAGAGUGUCUUUGAGUAACUUACAAAGGAUUGAAAGUUGUGCUAUUUUUCUAGCAGUAGAAGGGUAGUCUAUCUAACUGCCUAGCUGGAUCAGAGGCCAUGAACAGAAGAGUCCAUUGUGUUCAAGUUAUGUAUAAAUAAAUUAUAAGUGGAGACUAGUAUACUUGAACAAAGCUUUUCAUCAAUCAAAGGAAUAACACAAUAUAAAUUUCCAACAGACUAGGUUCCAAAGUUCACCCAAGAGGUUGCAAUAGUUUGGGGAGAAUCCAAUGAAAUAGGACAAAUUAAUUUUAUCUCUAAAACAGAAAUGAUUUUCUGAAGUGAAAGAAUGACCUUACUAUAUGUAUUUAGUGCAAACACUGAAUAAUAAUAUAAUUAUUAAUAAGUAUUAAUAAUUGAUAAUUGAUUAUAAUAAUUAACAUAAUUAUUGUGUUAUUAUAAUUUUAUAAUGUCAUAUGUAAAAAAUAUAAGACAUCAGGCUCAAAAUGAAUGAAAUUAAAACUACUUUUCCAAAUGUGUGAGAUGAAAAUUUCAGAGGAAAGUUCUAAGGUCAGGCAUGAGAUUUGAUGAUCAACUGACAACACACAAGCAAGCACUAAAAUUCUAAAAAAAAAAAAUGCUAGAAAAAAAUUAAAAAAAUUAUUUAAGAGUUUUUCAUUAACCCUUUGCUAUGGGAACUGAUAUUAGAUUUGUUUGACAUGAUGUUGAUUUUUUUUGCUUUAGUUUUCAUGGAAACAACUAGAAAACUCACAGUUCACUAUAGACAAGAGAAACUAGUUAGUCUUAAUUAUCCGUGCCUAUUCAGCUCCUAGUUAUUGGAAGUUAUAAGAAUAAGUAUUCAUAGAAAACUUUAACAGAAUCUGUUCAUAAUUUGCCAAAACUUUCAUAAUUCUGUGAUAAUCAGAGUAUAAUAAAAGUGUUUGUUCCUUUGACAAGAUUAAUAAAGCAUCAUGCUCACCACUUGGGCAAUGCAUUAGAUAUUCAGAGAUAAGAAAACUAUAGUUCAUAGCAUAAAAAUCUCCAAAACAUAGCUGCCAUAACCAUGGACUCUGCUUUAGUUAUCACUGUAACCUACGAUAAAUGCAAAAAAAAAUCCCUUAAGAUUAUUCUUAACAGGGAUGCUUCCUAGUUUAAAAUCUGCAUUGAAUACGGAAGAAAAGGAGAGCAAUAUUCUGCAUCAAAAUGGCGAUGACCCCAACACCCUAGAGAAAGCUGUGUUGAAUGGCUUGGUUCAACGCGUUGGACCUUAGAGCUCCAGACAACUGUGCAAGAAAGAAAUUGUUAGAGAAAGCUUGGUGUUCCUUCUUUCCAAAUCCCUCCCUAGAGCAGAGCCAGGGAAGGAGGCAGCUUUUUCCGUUUUUAUCAGGUUCACUAAGAGAGACUUAUCAGACAGCCCAAACCAAAGUACUUCCUUAAAAAGAAAGGUGUCUCUUGCUAGUUGGAACAGACAUAUCAAAUUAUCCUGAAAAUAAAAAGAUGAAAAGCAUUCAGAGAUCUAAGAAGUCAACUACAUAUGAUAGUGCUGCCUAGCAGACCCAGAUUUCCUAUGUAGCUUCUCUUUUUUUUUUUAACUGAUUUGCUAUUCAAAAUUCCAGACACUGAGCCAAUACCCCCCUAAACAAGGCAUCAUGAUACUCUUUCCCGGCUCCAUGCCCAGUUGAGAACAUGUUAGGAAUCAGGUGAUCUAGACUUAGUAGGUGGUUUUAAAAAUCAGUAGUAGAAAUAUGAAAGAAAUAGAAAAGAUAUAGUAAUGGCACAAAUAUAAAUUUGAACUUUAGAUCAUUCAAGUGUGUCUGAUUUUUCUGAUUUGUUGUGCUUUUCCAAUGAGACCAUAAUUAUAUACAUCAGGCCCCUAGUUGCAGACUGCAAUACAUCAGGAAGGAACACAUGAAAAUAAUUUUUAAGAAUGAAAUUCAUGUUCCUUAUAGUAUUGUGGACUCAAUGCUUGUCGUUAGUAUUACCUGUAAACUUUAAUUCCUGAUCCUGGUGCCAGAGAUCCAAACCUAAAAAUCAUGAGGAAAAACAAAAACUACUUCUGUACUCAGAAAUAAAUGAAUUAGAACUUCCUGGACCCUUUAGGAAACUGCUAAGCUAGACACAUGGGGGGUGGUAUUUCUCUUUUUUGUUUCUUUUGCUUUUUGGGUCACACCCAGCAAUGCACAGGGGUUACUCCUGGCUCAUGCACUCAGGAAUUACUCCUGGUGGUGCCUGGGGGACUAUAUGGGAUGCUGGGAAUCAAACCCGGGUCGGCCACGUGCAAGGUAAAUGCCCUACCCAUAGGGCUAUCACUCCAGCCCCAGAUUUCUCAUUUUAAAUAUAUUGUCAAGAAUCUCAUGCUUUGAUAGAUGACAGAUUACUUUCCCCUAAAGCCUUGUUAUUUUCAAAUUUUAAGAAACUACUAAAAAGAUUGCUGCUCUGCAUGAUUAAGAAAAGGAAAGACAAAUGAUGGUAUGAUUUUGUAAGCACUUGUCUCCUUAAGUCUACUUUAUCUCUUUUUUGCCUUGACAAUCAUGGAUGUCCUCUUUGGCCCAUCACUUGAAUACAUUCAGCUCUACACAGAAAUUGAGCAGGAAUUCCCCUUGGAAGAAAAAUGUCUAAGAGAUUGAUUUUAGGAAAUGGAUGUGAUUUUCUCUAGGAUCUAUAUGACUUAUGUUGUCAACACUACUAAAGUGUCCAUUUGUGCUGAGCUCUUGGUCUCACGUGAGUAUAGCCUGGUUCCUCCUGAUUUGUUACAGAGAAUGCAGUUUUUAGUCAGGUCACAACUAGGUAUUCUAGCAUCUUUAUCCAAAACUAAAAAUAUCCCAAUAGGUUUCAACUUAAGAAAUGUUUGUCUAACUGGGAAGUUACUUAAGGAAGUGAAUGAAUCUUUAUUCAUUCAAAUAAGGACUUAUAUUUAUGUUGUACUUGGGGUAUAUUUGCUAGAAUUUGAUCAUCGGGCUCCCCCAAACUGUUAAAUCAGAUAGAAAUGUUUCAGUCAUCUUGAGUCAGGCCAAAUGAGAAAGUACUAACAGAAAAGUCAAGUUCUUAAAUUGUAAUCUCUGACUGAGAGAUUUUACAAACUGCCCUUAUACCAAAUUAUUCUUAGCCUCCAAAUAGCACUGUCUGGAGGAUAAAAUAAUUUCAGAGAUUAAUAGGCACAGUAUGAGCUCUAUGUCAGUGCAACUCAUAAUAAUACUGGUGAAAUGUGUAGACCAGUACUUAAUUAUAUAUUUCUAAUUCCUCUUAUACUUGUACAGUGGAAUACCAUUUGCUUCCUGUGAGUGAUGAAACAUGAGUUCAUGCUCUCUUGCAGAGUUUUCUUCUCUUUUGCCCACAAGACUGAGGCCAGAGAAGAGCAAGGAAGCUUCACCCACACUCUCUUUACGAGUGGCACGAGAUUUUUUUCUCACUACACGGAACCCUUCUCAUAAUCCUAUGAGGGAGAUGUUGUUUUCUCCAUCUUAUAGAUGUGGAAACAGGCUUUGGGAAAACUACCUUGGCAAAGGUUAUACAUUAUGAAGAAGGAGAGAUGGGAUCUUAAUCAAGUCUUGUGUACUUCCAAAACUCAUUCUUUCCAUGCCCUGGUCUUCCAACUCAAAUGAGAAUAUCCCCAAACCAUGUCCAGUGCCCUUUGCCUUGCCUUUAACUCCUUUCCCCAGUUAUAUUAGAGUAAAACAAUCACACACCCAUUGAUUCACUAAAGAAAAAUAAAAAGAGUAGUUUCUGUAUGGACUGCUCCACAUGGCUAUUUAGUGAGUCCUGCCUGUUCCUUUAAAUGGUUUCAUAAUCCAGUUGUUGGAGGCAGAAAAUGAUGCCACAUUAUUUUUUUUCUUUCUAGUUCAUGUUGGAAUUGAUUAGCUCUUUGAAUUUGGUGUGGUUGCAGAUAAUCCCACAGAGCCCCGUGUUCUCUUGCCCCUAACUAUCUCCCGUGAUUGUUUUAACCAAGCAAGUUCAAAUGCCCCUCCUGAUUUCGAUCAUUUGUCUCUAGACUUUACUUUCAUUUCUAAACUUUGAAAUCUUGCAGAAACAGGUGAGUAUUCAAAAACAUCCUCUGGGAGGCCGAAUUCUGAACACAGUCAUGUUUCUCUAACAUGAAAUGAAAAGACCAAGGUUCCCAAUGGAAAUCAACCUGCUCUGGUCAUUGAGUCCUUCUCUCCCCCUCAGAAUACUUUCUCAAAGGAGGGAAAGCAGAGAUGCAGCCUCCAAAAUUCCCAUGAGGGUUCAAAGUGCGAGAGAGAAUCCCAGUCUCUAGACUGGCAAAAGGCAUUUUCUCAAAGCAGAGAUUUUUCUGUUGAAGAGGUGGAGCAAACAGCAAAACAUUCUUGCCCCAUCUUGAGAACCACUUUAGAGAGCAACUUCAUUGUCAUUUUCCUUCCUUGUUCUAAUGAGGAAAAUCUCUCCAUAUGGCGCCCCAUUGCUAGUCAUUGCUUUCAAUGAAAUAUGGCUAUUCUAUUUUCUCUUUCCAAAGUAGCAAUGGUAGAAAAAAAAACAAUGUCUUAGGAAUGAAUUAAUUGAGAUUUCCAGUAACAUGAACCCACGGAAUUUAAUUUGGGAUUGUGUUUUCUUUAACUCCUUUUGUGGCAUAGAAUUCUGGUGCCUUGCUCCCUGAAUUUGUCUUUGUGCUAUGAGUAGGCUUUCUUCACAUUCUGGCUUACACAGGAACACAACUAUUCCACAAGUGGCCUUUAGUGCUCUUUAUAAUAUGAUUUCCUGUAAUUUUUAAACUGUAUGUGUAAUUUAUAUUCUGGCUAUGUCCAAUAUUUGAACAACUUUAAUAGGUUGAUUUCCAUAUAUAUUAUGCAAACAAUUCUUACCUGAUUUUUUUAUGUUCUAUCUUAAAUAAAUACUGCACCACUUAUUAAUAAAUAGACAUUUUAAUGAU